UGGGUGAAAUCCGACUUCUUGCUUUUUUGACGGUUCGUCACAUUUCACGUUGAAGUCGAGCGAAUACAAGCCUCCGUCCACAAACACACGGAUCAAACUGUUACCGACUGGUCGCCGUUCGGGAAUACAAGCCUCCGUCCACAAACACACGGAUCAAACUGUUACCGACUGGUCGCCGUUCGGGAAUACAAGCCUCCGUCCACAAACACACGGAUCAAACUGUUACCGACUGGUCGCCGUUCGGGAAUACAGGUAGAGACCGUAGCGUGGAUUUUAAAGAAAGAAAGAUAUUUUCUGGCGAGGAAACCGGGGAAUACAGAGAACGACAGAAAAGAAAACGAGGAAACCACCAAAAGGAAAUGCCAAUCGCAGCCACGGGUCAACUGACGACUCAGGAACCCUGUAUUUUCUCCCGACUGCCCUCCACCCCGGAGCCUGUACCAAAAGGGGGUAAUUUAUGUGACGUUGCGGGGGCAGUAGCCGAGUCGCAGGAGCGAACAGAAUACGGGGGCGCCGAGGGGGGCAGGGGAGGACUAGUAGCCAGCUACAGUCAGACCAGCGGCACUAGGGGAUUUCUGCCGCUUCGUUCUUCCAACUCCAACGGUUCUCCUCCGCAAUCCCCUCCCACGUCCUCCCCCUCGCCUCAUCUUUCUUCCAUCACCACCCCUAUCAAAUGGCCAUGGAGCCUCCCAGGACUCGAUCGCGUUCUCGGUCUGGAUUCUACCAGCAGUAUGGUGCGACCGGCCCCGGGAUUAAUGCCAACGGGGGAAACGGACCUAAUCACCACCAUCACCACAGCCAGCAGCAACAUCAUCAUCAACAACAGCAGCACAACUCUGGUUGCUCACCCCUUGGAGCUCACGGCCACCACACGGAGCAGCACAGCAUACGAGCCCUGGGAUCUAACGUCUCCCCCAGGCAGUCUGGACCGCCUGGAGCACAUCGCAUCUCACCCGCAGGAGCCGUAGGGGGGAGGAGCCAUCCUGACCAUGCCUGUGGAGAGGGUGACAAGAAUGAGGACAGCCCCAGUCCAAAGCGUCAGAGACUAUCUGGCCAAUCAGUGCUGGAUCUCUCCACGGUGGCCCCACCCUCCAACCCCUCUCCACCAAUGAGGCCGUGGGAGCUGCCCCACAGUCGCAGACCUCCCCCUAACCCCCACCCCCAUUACCACCAGGAGCGCUGCCAUACACCUGUCAGACACAGACACAGUCCUCCAGCGCGUCGCCCGCGUGGCCGUCUCUCCCGCACCCCCCGUCACCUCCCCCCUCCUCCUCCUCCCCCCCACCACCCCUCCCCUCCUCCCCCUCCAUCCGACUGGACCCCAGGACCAAAAGGACUCUCACCCCCCUCCUCCCCCUACGGCCAGCCCCAGCCCCUGCCGGUGGGGGCGUGGAGGAGCCUAUUAACAGGUUCCACCCCUGCCCUGUCUCCACGGUUACUGCACCCCGCUGUCCAUCAUUCUCAUCAAGCUGCUCACCACCACACACAGCAGCAAGGAGCCAUGGUCAUGGACCUUCAUGAACAGGCCUCAGUCCCAGUCUCCUAUACGGUGACUCCUGUCCCUUCUCAUCAUGGUCUUGUAGCUCCUCUGUAUACAGGACAGCACCUCCCUCCUGUCUGUUCUUCUCAACAACAGAUCCCAGCAUGCAGUGUGGUCUUCAGUACAGGACAACACUACCACCCUAUGCUGGGGGCGUGUUCGGUGCAGCAUUUACCUGUGCCCUACUCCUUUCCCUCCCUCCUCUCCAAUGAUCCUCCUUUCCUCCUCCCCCCUCCCCACCUCUCUCACCACCCCCCUCACCUCCCUCCACCUGGACAUUUCCUUCCCUUCCCGACACAACAGUCCAGAUCGCCGUUGCAGAGGAUAGAGAACGAGGUGGAGCUGCUUGGAGAGCACCUGUCUGUGGGAGGGGGGUUCAACUACCCUCAUGGACACCACCCCUCCUCCCUGCCCCCCUCCACCCCCCUCCAGUUCCUGUCUCAUCACGACUCCCUGUCACAGGAGCUGUUCGGAGUGCCGUACCCCCACUUCAUGCCUCGGCGAAUCACAGGGCGUCGUUACCGCUCCCAGCAGACCGUGCCCCCGCCCCCCUACCACCCAGGCUUCCUGCCUUACUUCCUGUGAGUACUUC